AUGACCAGAUUAAGACGAUUUCAGAAAAAUGUUGUAAAUGAUCUACAGAAGACGGGAAAAAGAAAGAAAAAAGGAAAGCAGACCACAGAUAAAAUGAAAAUGAUAAAAUGCUUUUUAAGAGGCAUUUCUGCAGCUGGUAUCAAACACGUCGUAUCAGAAAAAAACUCUAAGAAACGUAUUUUUUGGAUGCUAUCAGUUACCCUCAUUGGAAUAUGUAUGAUUCUCAUGUCCUAUAGAGUACUUCUUGAAUACUUUAAUUAUCCCAAAGCACUGCAAACAACGACAGUAUAUUUAAAGGAAUUGGAAUUUCCUGCUGUGACUAUUUGCAGCCGCUAUUUAGUACCGCGUAUCAAUGCAAAAGAAGCGAAGUUGGAACAUCUGGAAGAACUGACUGAACUCCUCGAGUCUGAUGACAUGCCUGUAAAAGAAGUAUCAUCAAGGUUGAGAUAUGGUUGUGCUAGAGAUCCUUUGUGUAGAUGGAACAGGAUUUUCGAGGAAUGUCAAUGCAUAAAGAAUCCUUGUUUAUCACCACUUUGCAUUUCGUACAAUAGAACGGUUUGUAGCUGUUCAGAAUAUCUCUGCUUAUGGAAUCAGACCAAAGUACCAGGAGGUUGUCGAAACUUCAGAAAUGAUACCCAUAAUCUAUGCUUAUGCAAUCGUAGUUUAAAAUAUUCUUAUUUUAACGGAUAUUCCAAUUCAAGGGAAUACAACGAAUCUCAUUUCACGAACAGUUCCCAGAAGCUACUUGAGUUAAUGAGAAUCUUGAAAAAUUCCAAAUCAAGUGAUUUAUCAGAUCAGCAGUUCAAUAUUGUUCCAGAACCCAAGAUUCUUGACGACUAUGGAAUUUCUUAUGAUACUAUAAUCCUGUCGUGCAGGUUCGCUGGGAGAAGAUGCAAUAUACAGAGAGAUAUAACAACAAUAUAUAGUCCAACAUUUGGGAAAUGCUACAUGUUUAACUACUACCCACCUACCGACAAUGAGAAAGAUGGCAAACCUAAAAUAGUUAAGCAAACUGGAAGGUUACCUGGUCUCCUCCUUUAUUUGCAAUCGGAAAAGAAAAAUACCUUCCCGCUUCUUAUGAGACAAACAGGAGCACGGAUUGUAAUUCACGACCCUAGAAGUUUGCCAUUCACAAGAUCCAGUGGUUUCGAUAUACGACAUGGAGCAAUAAGCUCAAUGAGUGUGAAACUAACACAUGUUAAAAGACUUAGUCACCCUUGGGGUAAAUGUGCAAAAGAUGGAGACAAUACUACUUCCAACUACUUGAUUGUACCUUAUAACCAAAUUGCAUGUGAGCGUACCUGUUUGAAUAAUUUCGUAUUCAAACGAUGCAAAUGUUAUCAUCGAUACUUUCUUUCUGCAACAGUCGAACCUGUGGGUACUAAGUUAUGCAGAUCACGCCAAGAUAAAUGUUUUGCAGAUGUUAUGAGAGAAAUAAAUUCAAAUGAAGUACAAUGUAACUGCCCACCAGCAUGCCGUGAAAAAGCAUACAAAGUGCGGAUUUCUGCUUGUAAUCUUAAUAAAGAAUUUUUUCGAGUACUAAAGAAAGCGAGGUCUCUAAAAAUCGUGAAUGGAACUCCGUCAGUUGUAAAUCCAAAUUUUAGAAUCGAUAUGCUGGGAAUUGAAGUCUUUUACAAUUCACUGAGCAUUACGAACAGAACAGAAACAUCUAUAUAUAGCUGGGAGUUUUUAAUUGCUAAUAUUGGUGGCAACAUGGGUCUUUUCCUUGGUUUAUCUUUAGUAACAUUUGUGGAAAUUGCUGAAUUCCUCUUUGAUUUUCUUCUGGCGAACAUCAGAAAAAUAUAUAAGAGCAGACGGGUGAAGACUAUGACUUCAUGACUACUUGAUGAGUAUGUCUUAAAAGACGAUACCACGUCGAAAUUCCUCUAAGAAUGCUACUUAUUUCGAGGAAAG